CUUCACACUCACUCACGAUGCCCAGCUCGCGGCCACUACCGCCGCCAACGCCCAUCCGGUCCGAAUCGGCGCCGCUCCUGACGCCGAGCCGCAGCCGCCCCGGCUCGCGGCACUCGUCGCGGCCGACAUCGCCGACAACGGCGCGGCGACAUAAUACGCCAUCACGGCGGAAAUCGUCAUCCCCGCCGGUCCACGUCCUCCCCGCCGUCGUCGCGGUCACGCUCUUCGCCCUCAUCGCACUCACCGCAUGGGACGUAUCGCGCGGCUGCUCCCUGCCGUGGCUGUGCGAUGCGCUCGGCGGCCCGCGGGAGAGCUUCGACAAGGUGUGGUGGCGCAAUACGGGCCCGUACGCCGCGUACCGCUCUCUCGGGCACGGCGGCGGCGGGCACGGCCUGCCGGAGGGGUGCCGCGUCGACCAGGUCUCCAUCCUACAUCGCCACACGGGCCGCUACCCCACCCCCAACGCUGCCGAGCACUUGAAGGCGACGCUGGCAAAGCUCGCGAACCGCACGGUGCGCGUACCGACCAACCAUCCCGACCUGCACUUCCUCCACAAUGUAGACCUCGAGCUGAACGACUGGAUCCCUGGCGAACUGACCAACCAGGGGAGGUUGGCCGCGUGGGACAGCGGCAAGGUGUAUGCCGAGCGCUACCGCGCCGUGUCUGACGCCGCGCCGUUCGUGCGCUCGAGCGGCGGCCACCGCGUCGUCGGGUCGGCCCAGUUCUUCCUCGAGGGGUUCUACGGGCGCGAGUUCAACCUCUCGCACGCGGCGUUAGAGCCCGACGUGGUGAUUCCAGAGGGCGAGGGCGUCAACAACACCCUCUCUGUCCACUCGUGCGCGGCGUUCGAGGCCCUCGACCCGCCCGCAGGCAGCAAGCAGCGCGCAGAGGUCGCCCAGCUCCUCCAGCCCACGGCGGACCGGCUCAACCGCCUCCUUGGGCCGCGGCCAGAGCUCGGCCCAGAGGACGUGCGCCGCAUCGCCGACAUGUGCGGGUACGACACGACCGCGCGCGACACCUGGUCCGGGUGGAGCAAAUGGUGCAAGAUGCUCUCGCGGGACGAGUGGGAGAUUGCGGGGUACAUGGGGGACGUGGAGCGGUGGUACCGCGUCGGCGAGGGCGGGCGCUUCGGCAAGAUCAUGGGCGCGGGAUAUGUCAACGAGCUGCUCGCGCGCCUGCAGGACACGCACCCGUCCGACGACACGACGACGAACCGCACCCUCGACGCCGACCCCGCGACGUUCCCUCCGGGAGGGCAGCGUGUCUUUGUCGACUUUACCCACGACAACGAGAUGAUUGAGAUCCUCACUGCGCUCGGGAUCCGCAAGAUGCGCCGCAAGCUGCCUACCUCCGAGCUGCCCGACGACCCUACCAACAGGCGGUAUGUGCUCUCCGAGCUCAUUCCGUUCGGUGCGCGGUGGGCCUUCGAGCGGGUGAGCUGUGACCCGUAUGUCGAUGUUGGACGGGGAACGCCGGUCGCCAAGGCUCGCCGGAUAGGCGAGGACGACGCGCGCCGCUCGACGUUCGUGCGUGCGCUCAUAAACGACCGCCCCGCCCGUAUCGACCAUAUGGCGUGCCGCUCCUCUCCCCUGGCGCAGUACCACCUCUGCGACCUCGACUCGUUUAUCGAGUCGCAGGAGUGGUCGAUCACCGACGUCGACUGGCAUGACUGCCGCGUGAAGAAAAAGUGAUGCAGAUGACGAUGAUGAUGUAUCUAUAGUUAUGAUGUAUUUGGG